GCUUAAUUCUGAGCUAGUACGCGCAGCGUGUGUUUGUGGAUUUAAUAAGGAAAAGGUUCUUCUUCUUGUUGUGGGACUUGUAUACAUUAGCUUGAAACCAUGAAAGCUUUCAGCCCAGUAAGAUCUGUGAGGAUAAACAGCCUAACGGAGCACAGUAUAUCUAGGAGCAAAACGCCUGUGGAUGACCCCAUGAGCCUGCUGUACAACAUGAAUGACUGCUAUUCCAAGCUGAAGGAACUGGUGCCGAGUAUUCCACAGAACAAGAAAGUCAGCAAGAUGGAAAUCCUGCAGCACGUCAUAGAUUACAUUCUGGAUCUGCAGAUCGCCUUGGAUUCCCACCCGACCAUUGUCAGUCUCCAUCAUCCCAGGCUGGGACCAAAUUCUUCGUCCACCAGGACACCACUGACCCCCUUAAACACAGACAUCAGCAUCUUGUCAUUGCAGGCGUCUGAAUUGUCAUCAGAGUUUAUCACGAAUGACAGCAAAGCUCUUUGUCCUUAAACAAAAAAUGGUGUUCCCUGACUGUUUUUCUUUGCACAUCAUGGCUACAAGACUCCCUUUUAUUUCAUUAUUUGACUGCUGAAUUUGUACAGCAAGCUUUCCGGAAAGAAGAGGGGUGAAAUCUGUGGCUUAUGAAAAGGGACUCAAAUCCAAUUUAUAAAUAUAUAUAUUUUUAUUUUUUGUUCCUCAUCCCACUUUUUCCCUAAUAUUCCAAAAAAAACAGCUUAUUGAACUGAUUUUAGUUUAUUUAUGAAGAGACUUCUAAUGACCUUUUCAUUCGUGGGAAGGCUUCAUCUACUAUAUCUCCUAUAGGGAGUGAAAGCUAAACGUACCACAAGGGAUCUGCCACUUACCAACCAGCUUUUAAACUGACCUUUUCUUAAUAUAAAGGGAAGCAUCUGGCAACCGGAUCAGACACAAUCAGAUGUUUAAGAGGUUUAUUUUAUGGCACCCUGGACUGAAUGAUAUUGUAAAUAUUUAAAAUCGUGAACUCUUAUUUUGAGUUUUUGUUUCUUUCCUUGUACAGUGGCAGAGAUGUUGUAUUUCUGCAAAAAAUGUGUAAUGAUGAUGUACUUAAAUCAUGCAAACUUUUUAUAAAAGUUUGGUUGUAAGCUUAACCUUUUUAUACAGAAUAAAUCGUGUUUAUUGAA